AUGAAAUUCCAAUCCAGUUUCUUUGUCCUUGCUUCGCUCCUCUCUGUUGGCUUAGCGACAACAACGGCCGAUGUAGAGGCUGACAUUGCGAGCAUCACUUCGCAAACAAAAGCCUUGGAUGCGGCCAUUAUUGCUUUCCCAAAUACUGGAGGGUCACUCGUAAAUGCUUUGGCCAUUCACACUGACGCGGUAAACCUCGGUUCAGCUAUUGAUAAGGGCACCACGGAUGUGAAUGCUGUUACCCCAAAACCAGUCUCUGAAGCUGACGGAAACACAAUCCUGGCAGCCGUACAGGCACUCGAGCCAAUUAUUAUCGACACCGUCACACAAAUUGUGAACAAGAAACCCGCAUUCCAAGCCCUUCCCAUUGGUGGUAUCCCUGCUCUCGUCAAACAAGAUCUUAUCAACUUGAACGCGAGUACAUCCAAGUUCGAAGCUGCCCUCAUCGGAUCCGCUCCGUCUGACCUUAUCCCAGCCGCCACUGCUAUCAAGACUGCAGUAGAUGCUGCUUUGGCCAGCGGCAUUGCUGCUUACUCAUAA